AUGACGUCAACUGCCACCGUUGUCGAUCCGCAAAGCCAUUGCAGCAUCAACGCCAAACUCUACCGCGAUGCCAGCGGCGGGCACUGGAGCUUCAUGCUAAACCUAACCGACAUUUCGUACGGCACAUACGGUAAUAACAAGUUUUACAUGGGACAACUUAUCGUCGACUGCGGAGUCUUUGUAGUCUUCCGCAAAUGGGGUCGGGUCGGUGCCACGUCACCGCAGUCACAGUCGGAGCGCUUCGACACUCUUGAGAACGCCGAGCGAGCAUUUCAAAAGGUUUUUCGGGCCAAGACGGGCAACAAUUGGCCGCUUAUAGAUCCUUUCAUUCGCAAGAAAGGCAAAUACUUCCUUGUUGAGCUGGACGACGGAGAAUGUAGAGGAGCCACUGGCGGUGUUGAAGAGAAAGUGGAAAAGAUGGAGCAGGUAGCGUCCAAGCUGCCAACGGAAGUUCAGAAUAUCGUCCGGCUUAUCUGCGACCCAGAGGUGGUUACGCGAGACAUGGUCAGCUUGAAUGUGGAUUUGAAGCGCUUCCCGCUUGGCAAGCUGUCGAAAGCUCAAAUUUCGCAGGGCUACAGUAUUCUGCAACGUCUCUCCGAUGCUCUGGAUGAGAUCGAAGAGCUGACGAAAACGCCGGCUGUGCCGGCCAUGGCGGCGAAAGCUGGCUCAAAUAGUAGACGGAGGGGGAAAGCCAAAGCAAAGGGACCAAAUGCGGCUACAAGACGAAGUCUGUCUAGCCUCAAAACAGAUCUGAAAGAGCUUUCUAGUGAAUUUUACUCGCUCAUUCCGCAUGACUUUGGACGAUCGCUGCCUCCGGUUAUCGCGACGAUGACUGAUCUCAAGCUGAAGCUUGAAUUGUUAGAAGUAUUGUCAAACCUGGAGAUAUCGCAGAUGCUGCAGAAACAAGACGCCGAAAGGCCGAUGGGACUUGCAAUUCACCCUCUCGAUACCCACUACAACAUGCUGAACACUAACAUGAAGCCGCUGAGCAAACGCGAAAAGGAGUUCAAGAUUAUUGAAAAAUUCAUCAACAAGACGAAUGGUGGGUCCAAGCUAAAGAUCAAUACAAUUCUUAAGAUUGCUCGACCGGAAGAAGACACUCACAAAACCGUGCUAAUAUCCCUUGACAACCACAAGCUUCUGUGGCACGGAUCCCGAUUGUCAAAUUUCGUUGGCAUUUUAUCGCAAGGACUGCGGAUUGCACCGCCUGAGGCUCCCAUGAAUGGAUACCAAUUUGGCAAAGGGCUGUAUUUUGCCGAUGCCUUGGCAAAAUCUGCAAACUAUUGCUGCACAACAUCCCAGAAUCCCACCGCAGUCCUUCUACUCGCCGACGUCGCUUUGGGCACACCGUACCAGACUACUACUGGAGAAUUUCUGGACUACACCAUGGUAAAAGAUCAGCAUGGAUGCGACAGCACGCACGGCCUCGGACGCAUGGCACCGGCAGAGAACGAGUUUGAGACUCUACCAGACGGAGUGGUGGUGCCGGCCGGGACGCUGAAGCCUGUCAGCGGUCACCAAUACUUGCUGUACAACGAAUUUAUUGUUUACCGACGUGAACAGAUCCAGCUACGCUACCUUGUGGCUUUGGACUAUUUGAAAGCUUGA